UUUUUUUUUAUAUAUAUAGAAAUAUCUUUUUAUAGUAAAAAUGGCACAAAAUAUAGAAUUUUAUUUACAUCCACCUUCACCGCGUUUAGAAGAAGAUAGUCAAAGUAGCUGUACUUUACCACCUGUCAGUACAUUAUUGCAACCAAAUGAUGACGAUGAUGAUAUUCCUAUAUCACCUAUAGCCGAUCUUCCUUCUAUAAUUAUCCCUUCUCCAUCUCUUUCAUAUUUAGAACCAGUUGAGCCUAAUACUGACACAUCUUCUUCUCCUUCUUUAUCACCAUUUAUGAACUCUUUAUCACUCGAUUCUCCGCCUCAAUUAUCAUCUCCUCAAAUAUCACCUUAUUGUAAUCUUUUAUUACCACCUCCCGUAAAUACUAGAAGAUAUAGAUCACUUUCUAAUGCUUCAGCAAAUUCUCCUACUGAUUUUACUAUAAACCGAAGAUUGUCUGAUCCACCUGUAUAUUGUCAAGAUGAAAAAACAACAUCUAUUUCUACUAAUACUACCGUGAAACGAAAGCGUGGUCGACCAUCGAAUGCUUCACGUCAAACAAUACAAAAUGAGAAUUGGACAUUUGUGACGCCCACUGUAUGGGAUGUAAAGCAUAAAGACACAAUCAUUGAUAGUCCAGGAACACCUACAUCACUAACAAGUGAAGUAGGAGAUCAUCAUGAUGAUUUUAUGGUAUUACAUUGGCCUAUUAAUGAUAAUAAAGAUGGGCAACAACAACAGCAGCAGCAACAACAACAAAAUAUAUUUACAAAUACAACUAUGGAUACAACAUUAAGUAUACCAAAAAAGAAAAGAGGCAGAAAACCAAAAAUGCAGUUAGAAGGUAACUUCUGCUUCGUUUGGAGAGAUUUAACUGCUCCUCGUAGUUCAAACAAGAAAAAACUAUCUUCUACAACAACAACAAAUCAAAAAGACAUGUAAUAAUAACAAUAAUUGUAUUAUAUAACCAUCACAUAUUCCCCCCCUCUCUCUUUCCUUUGGUUUACGUUAUAUAUAAAUACAUAUUAUAAUGGCUUUUCUUUCUCUUUUUCUUACUCUCUUUUUGUCACAAUUUUAAGGGACAAAUAAUAUUAAUAGGGCGAUCUUUUUUUUAAUGUAUUACGCAUGAGCAUAU